AUGUUCGGGUUUCAGGCUCAGAAUCGUGGGUUCGGAUGGAGGACUCACCGAGACCCAGAGUCUGAUGAAGAGGAGCUCCACCGAGGAGGGAGGAAGGAUGGAGAUUCAGAGCCUGAACUCAAACCACAGGGAGCAGGUGGGUUUGACUUUCAUCUAGAAACGGAUUAACUUGAUUUAGUUUUGAUUUUAAUGGUUUUAAAUGUUUCAGGAAGUCUUUUCUUCAGUUAUUAUUGUUGUUCACCCCCCUCAAAGUAUGAAGGCCGCAUAUAGUUCCUCCAAACAAUGAUGUUCCUGAAGAAGAGCAGGCAAAUUUACAUCCACAUGGAGUCAAAAUAAAAACUGUUUGAUUAAAACACGGACUAAAAGUAAAAAAUAUAAUAAUUCUUUCAUAAGAAGCUGCCCCACGGAAAAGUUAUUCCCUUGUAGACAAAACAAAAAUGAUACAAUUACAUCAAUUUGAUUAAGAAUCGACCAACAAACUACAAAAAAUGUUUCUAAAAUUCCCUCAAAACAAAAGAAACCCACUUUAAAAUGACUGACAACAUCUAUCCCUCAAAGGAAAUACUCAGACGGUGAUUUAAUAUAGAAGUCAACAUGUACAAAAAUAAGUCCACUACUCAGCUCCAUACGCUCUGCUACCUGCAGCGUUCAUCACCGCCUCACUGACUUCAGGUGUGUCCACUCUCACCUGCAGACAGUCACAAUGAGAGACGCUGCACAAUCACAAAAAGGGAAAACAGAAUUCACACACCCCAUAUUUAGAGGGGACUGUAAACACCAUGUGCAUUUAAUAUCUCUUAAAGGUGAGGUAGGCAGGAAUCUGUUACAGAAGCAUCUGUUUUUGUGGUGUAUAAACAAAAAAUCUUUAAUAUCAGUCAAUAGUUAUCAGUUAUUGAUGACAUUUGGUAAUAUAACGAUAUCUCUGUGUUCUCUUAUGUCUGUGUCGUCAACAUUUGAACAUUUUUGAGCGGUCCGCUCUUUCUGACUGUAAACAAAGCCGUUCUCCACCUCCUCUAACCUAAUUGGUUGUGAGGCAGAUGCUGCUCCCCCGUGUCGUUCAGGAGCCCAAACAAAGUUAGCGUGCUACAAUAUCGGACAGUAGAAACCAACCAGGAAGUUCGGAAAAUUGUCUGAAUCCUCCUUUGACCACAACUGCCAACACAAGCAAGAAAACGAAGUAAAUACCGGAGACUCUGGAGGAAUAACAGGCGCUUAAACUGAUUUGGAGGGGGGGUAGAGUUUACAUUCAAGAUUUCUCCUAAAAACUGGAACUAACUCAGAUCCUGACUACACCACCUUGAAACCAAUAUUGCUUGGGUGCUAAAGGAAUGUGAACCUUCCUUUUGCCUUCACAAUAAUUGGUGAGAACUCUUUAGCCUCCUAACAUUUAAAAACCCUGAAAUAUAUUUGAUCAUUUAGUAAAAAAUGUAGUAAAAAGCUGCUGUGGAGUUGGCAGAGCAACACUGUCUUUGGUUGAAUCUUAAAAGAAAUGCCACGUUAAGUCUGACUGUUCCCCUUGAUAUGUUUUCUCAUAUUUUAGAGUUGCCUGCUGACGUUCUGCAGCUGUUGGUUGGAGAGGAGGAGACCCCUGAGGAGGAGCAGAAGUGGAGCCCCAGUCUGAACCAAGAGGACAUGAAGCCUCUGUAUAUUAAAGAGGAGCAGGAGGAACUCUGGAGCAGUCAGGAGGAGGAGCGAGGACCAGAGGAGGAUGAUGCCACAGAGUUUCCUGUCACUGUUGUCCCUGUGAAGAGUGAAGAUGAUGAAGAGAAACCUCAGUCAUCACAGCUUUAUUCAAACCAAACUGAACAGGUGGGAAAAGAAGCCAACAGAGAGGAGUGUGGAGGGUCAGAACCAGCCAAAAACUUGGAUCUGGAGAUAGAUUUACAACCAGAAAUUGAGGUCAAGAUUGAAGAUGUUUCUGAAGCUGAGACUGAUGACAGUGAUGAUUGGAGGGAGGCGACAGAACAACUUUUAGGAUCAAACUCCUCGGACAAUAUGAGAGAUAAGAGGUCAGAGACAAAUAAGAGACUGCAAAGCUGCUUUCUGUGUGGUAGAACAUCCAAAACAAAACAAUAUCUGAACGCAAACAUGAGAAAUAGCACAAGAGAGAAACCUUUUUGCUGCUCUGAGUGUACGAGAAAAUGUACACAGAAAGUUAAGGUGACCUGUAACACGGGAAAGAAAAGGUUCAUCUGCUUCAAGUGUGGCAGGAGAUUUACCCAUAAAGGUAUCCUGAUGUCGCACAUGAAGAUUCAUGUCAGAAAUAUCUGCCUUGACAAACACAUGACAAAUCAUUCAGUAGAGAAACCGUUCAGCUGCUCAGAGUGUGGAAAAGGAUUUUGUAAAAAGUCGAAUCUAGCAGCUCACAUGGCGUGUCAUGGAGGGAAAAAACCUUUCAGUUGCUCUGAAUGUGGGAAGAGAUUUAUCUACAGACAUUUUUUAACCGAGCAUAUUAGAAUUCACACAGGAGAGAAACCUUUUAGCUGCUCCGACUGUGGGAAAAAAUUUAACUACAAAAAAAAUCUCGUCCGACACGUGAGAAUUCACACAGGAGAGAAACCGUUCAGCUGCCCUGAGUGUGCGAAAAGUUUCAACCAAAAAAGUAAUCUGCUUACACACAUGAUUUUACAUGGAGGAGAGAAACCGUUCAGCUGCUCUGAAUGUGGGAAAAGAUUUAUCUAUGAGAGCAUUUUGGUUGAACACAUGAAAGGUCACACAGGUGAAAAGUCCUUUAAGUGCUCUGAGUGUGGAACAAGAUUUAACUAUAAAAGAAAUCUGGCCCGACACAUGACAAUCCAUCUGAAAGACAAACCCUUCACCUGCUCCGAGUGUGGGAAAAGUUUUAACCAACACAGCCAUUUGAUUUCACAUAUGACCACCCAUACAGGAGAGAAACCCUUCAUCUGCCCUCAAUGUGGGAAAAGAUACAUCCAUAAAAGCGGUCUGAUGGUACACAUGAGAUCGCACACUGGAGAGAAACCAUACAGCUGCUCUGAGUGUGGAAAAUAUUUUAAUCAGAAGUGUAAUCUGACAGCUCACAUGGCAUUUCAUGGAGGAGAGAAACCCUUCAGCUGCACUGAAUGUGAAAAAAGCUUUAACUACAAAGGAAGUCUGACUCGGCACAUGACGGUUCACACAGGAGAGAAACCCUUUAACUGCUCAGUGUGUGGUCUUGGAUUCAUCAACGAGAAAACGCUGAUUCAACAUAUGACGAUUCACAUGGACGAGGAACCCUUCAGCUGCUCUGAGUGUGGGAAAAGUUUUAACAUCAAAGGUCACCUGACCUAUCACAUGAGAAUUCACACAGGGGAGAAACCUUUCAGCUGCCCUGAAUGUGGAAAAAGUUUUAACCAAAAAGGUAAUCUGAAAACACAUAUGACAGUUCACAUGGGAGAGAAACCCUUCAGCUGCCCUCACUGUGAUAAAAUGUUUACCAGAAAAGGUAAUUUAAGAGCACACAUGAGAACCCACACCUGA